UUAUGUCUUUUCAGGAUGCCGUCAAAAGGACGUUACACGGCGGGAAAACAAGUGUCACGGUAUGAAGCGGAUUCCGAGAAUAUUGACAUAGAAUAUAAAAACCUCGAAGGUCAAGGUCACAGUGUCUGGUGUUCAAACUGCACAUGCCCGCUAGGGGACAAGAAACCUUUGGUUAUAAAGGCUUUGACAGUAACUGUAGUGUUUGGUAUAGGACUUGUGAUAGGUUUUCUGUUAAGAAAGACGGUGUAUAGCAGUAAUGAAGAUUUACCAAUAUAUGAAAAGCCCAACACAAGCAGCAUUUACAGUAUCAAACAGGAUUAUGAUAGGGAGUUUAGUAAGCUGAUACAAGACGACUUGGAAGAUGUUUAUAAUUAUGAAGAUCAUAUGAAGAUAAUUACCCGUUGUGUUCACAUGUCUGGCGUUGGGUCAGCCAACAAGCUUCUGGACUACGUUGAACAAAAAUGGAAAACGUUCCCGUUUGACGCCGUAAAGGUCAAGAAGUACAACGUUACAUUGUCGUAUGCGAAUUAUACAAACAUGAACGCUAAUCUAGUGACGGUGCAGACAGCGAAUGGUUCUCUCAUUUUCCAUAGUCAAUACAACACAUCAAGUUCACAUCCGGAGUACUUGCCAUUUAGCGCGUAUUCGCCAUCCGGAAAAGUGACGACGAACAAUGUGGUGUAUGGACAUUACGGACGGCCGGAGGACCUACAAGUGCUGGUUGAAAACAACGUAGACAUCAAAGACGCAUUAUUGAUAAUAAGAUACGGCCGUAUCCAUCCAGCAAGUAAGGUUAAAAAUGCUGAACGGUACGGAGCGGCGGCAGUUAUACUUUAUUCUGACCCAGCGGAUUAUGCUAACAACCAGUCGACGGUAUAUCCGGAGAGUUGGUGGUUACCGGGCUGGGCGGUACAAUUGGCACAUGUUCGAUACAAUCUCCUCGGCGACCCUUCAACACCCGACUACUCCUCUAUAACGGGUAUACAUCAUAAGUCAGAGGUCAAGUCACAUUUUCCGAAGAUACCUGUCCAGCCGGUCAGAUAUGAAGACGCAAGAUUUCUUCUCAGCGAUAUGGCUGGUCCAAUCGUGAAGAACGAAUGGUUUGGAGGUCUCAAUUUGACAUAUCGGUUAGGACCCGGAUAUACAGAUGAUAGAAAAGUUGUAUUGCAAGUUGAAAAUAUGAUACAAGAAAGACUUAUUUCAAACAUACUGGCUGUAGUAAAAGGGCAUUACGAAUCAGACAAAUAUGUAAUAAUUGGAUCACACAUAGACUCAUGGAUUCAAGGCGGUGUGGACUCGGGUACAGGUUACACGGUCAUACAAGAACUUGCCAGAACGUUCGCCUACCAUAUAGGAAAAGGGUGGCGGCCGCGUCGGACGAUCAUAUUUGCAUUAUGGGACGCAUCUAAAUAUGGUAACAUAGGCGCUUAUGAAUGGGUUCAGGAGCAUGAGCGGCAACUCGUGGCAGGUGCUGUAGCGUACAUUAACCUUGAUGCUUUAAUUCAAGGGAACUACAGUUUUGCUGCCGGUGCGAGCCCUCUGUUACACUCCAUGAUCUUCAACGCCACCCAGACAGUCCAGCUUAAUUGUACAAACACCGCUUGGUGCACGAAAGAGUCCACAGUGUACAGUAAAUGGGUGCGAAGUUUCCCGGACCCACAAAAUGAUAAGCCUAGGUUCAAAUCGUUAGGAGAUGAUAGUGACCACGCCCCUUUUGCAUACAGAAUUGGCGUUCCGGUUUUGUUUCCUCAGUACACAUUUAAUGAAACGAAAUAUCCAUUCCUGAGCACCUACCCUGCAAUAGGAGCACUCGAAGAUACAAAAGACUACGUAGAAAACUUCAUAGAUCCGAACUAUAUACUUCAUAUCACCAUGACGAAAGUUCUUGCUGACGUCAUCCUGAGAUUGUCAGAUUCCGCUAUCUUGCCAUUUGAUUUACAGAGUUUUAUAGAUUUUGUUGAAAACGGAAAGAACGUUUUAUCCGAAAUGAUGACGGUUUUGGCAUCGAUGGGCAAAACAUUAGACAGCACGGAGUUAUGUACGAAGGCCAUAGACAGAUUCACUAAUGCAGCUACAAAUUUUAAAUACAAGAUGAACAAUAUCGACAUAACACAAUUUAGUGAAUUUGAUUUAUAUAUUCUCAAUAAUAAGUUGAUACAACUAACACGUGCAUUUAUAUCCGAAGUUGGUCUGCCUGGAAACAAACAUUAUAGAAACAUUUUAUUAGCGCCGGAUCCUCUUGACUUGAAGAAGGAGAUAACAUUCCCAGGAAUUUACUGGAGCGUACAUUCGAAUUAUAAUUCAACGGAAAUGAUUGAGCAUCUUAACGAACAGAUAUCAUUAAUCGUUCUCAGUCUCAACAGAGCGACAGACAUUUUGAAUGAUGCGAUGGUCACGUGAUAAUGACGUCACAUGUAAAGCUGGAUAAUGAAGUUGGGAUACAAAAUGUUUAAAAAUGGUCUGUGUUUUUGCUAUGUUGGAAGAAACCGCAGAUUGAAAGUAAAAAGUCAAGAAAGUAAGAAACGUGCUGGCCUGUCAAGAAAGUAUGAAUUGAAGAUUGAUUAAUUAUUUAAAUCUUGGUAAAAUAUUAAAUGGGUAGAAUAAGAUACUUGAAUCAAAAUGUAUCCAUAUGUUCCUGGUAAAAGUGAUCAUACUCUUAUAAUAUGAUGUUAAUUUCUACCAAAUUUGAAGUGUGUAAUGUAUAAUGAACUUCUCACAUGAACAUAACGACACAAAAUACUAUAAACACGUGAAAGUCGUGCAAAAUGUUUUUCUAUACAUGGAAAACUACAUUGGCGGGAAAAUGAAAGGGAAUAGAUAUUUGCUCUACACAAACUCUUAUCCAUUAUUAUUUAUUGGUGAAUUUGCAUAUUUAUGUCAUUUAGGCCUUUUCUAAAAGGUCAAAGGCCAAACAAGGCAGCUGGCGCGUGCCGCAUUAUACUAGGGCCAAACUGUCUCAAAGACAACAUAGGUUGCGCGUUAGAAAAAUAUCGUUACGUCAUUAUUAUACUU